CUCCCGCACAGUCAGCGCAGCCCUGGGUCGCGUGGGGGAAGGGCGGCGGGCCGCAGGGGGUGAGCGCGCUCCGGGAACAUGACGGCGGCAGACCUCCCCCAGAUCCCCGACGUGGACAUCGACUCCGACGGCGUCUUCAAGUAUGUGCUGAUUCGAGUCCACGCGGUGCCGCCCUCCGGGGCCCCGGCCGGGGAGAGCAAAGAGAUCGUGCGCGGCUACAAGUGGGCUGAGUACCACGCGGACAUCUACGACAAGGUAUCAGCCGAGAUGCAGAAGAAAGGCUAUGACUGCGAGUGCCUGGGGGGCGGGCGCAUUUCCCACCAGAGCCAGGACAAGAAGAUCCACGUGUACGGCUAUUCCAUGGGUUACGGUCGCGCCCAGCACUCCAUCUCCACUGAGAAGAUCAAAGCCAGGUACCCUGACUACGAGGUCACCUGGGCCGACGACGGCUACUGAGGCCCACCCGAGGCCAGCCACCUCCAGCAGCCCACUCGGAACUCUGCUCUCAAGGCCGCCUCCCAAGAGGCUGGGCUGCACCCCCUGGCGCUUUGCCACCCUGGCUAGGCCUCGGUGCCCGGGGUUACCUCUCUGGGGAGAAUUAAAAGCAUCGUCACCUCCGCUGGUCCCUGAA